CUUCACAUACUUGUUCUGAGCCUUGUGUCUCUCCAAAACGUAGACUGGGGAGAAGGUGCUCGCAUCCUGGCAGCCUUUGUAUUUCCCGCCUCAAGUCACUUCAUGAUGACCAACGCCAUUAUCCGGGAAUUGGUGAAACGCGGUCACGAGGUGACCUUCAUCACACCCUUCUCUUUGACCAAAGAGAACUUGGGACCAAACUACAAGGAGAUCUUGAUAGCCCAGGCUAAUAUCUGGGACCCGAUGAAAAAAAUGAGCAACAUGAACACCGUCCUGGAAAUGUCUGAUGUAAGCAAAUUGACCUUCCUCCGGAUGGUUAAUGUAUUGGGACCACUUAGCACAGAUUUUGCAUUUGAGCAGCCGGAAAUCAAGGCUUUAAUUGAUGCCCAGGACAAAGUGGGAAAAUACGACCUUCUGCUGACAGAACAGUUCUACAAUGAGGGGAUCCUUAUUCUAGGACACUUGUAUAAAAUUCCGGUGGUUACCGCCAUGACCUAUGGAGGUACCAACUAUAUUAGUCAACUUUUUGGCAUUGUUAGCCCUUGGUCGUAUGUUCCUCACCUCUACUUGCCUUAUUCUGAUCGCAUGUCCCUCUGGGAGCGCACUGUCAAUGUGUUCAUGAGUGGAACAGAGGACCUCCUAAGAAGGUAUUCCUAUUACCCCGAACAAGACGCAGUUCUCAAGAAACACUUAUCCAAUAAGUUGGAAAGAGUUCCGACUAUAAAUGAGCUUGAAAGAAAUAUCUCUGCCGUCCUGUUGAAUGGAUAUAUGCCGUUGACAUCGCCCAGACCACUCGCCUACAAUAUGAUUCCUGUGGGAGGACUUCAUAUUCAACCACCCAAGCCUCUGCCAGAGAAAAUACAAAAGUUCCUCGAUGGCGCCUCCAACGGGGCCAUUUACUUCAGUUUGGGCUCUCAAGUUCGCUGUGCCGAUUUGCCACCCGAAAAACUCAAGGUAUUUCUGGAUGUCUUCGGCAGCCUCAAGCAGAGGGUUCUGUGGAAGUUCGAGGAUGAGUCGCUGCCCAAUCUUCCUGCCAAUGUAAUGGUCCAAAAAUGGAUGCCACAGGCAGACAUUCUUGCCCAUCCCAACGUCAAGGUUUUCAUUGCUCAUGGCGGCAAUUUUGGCUUCCAGGAGGCUGUUCAUUACGGGGUGCCAGUUUUGGGAAUGCCUGUCUAUGCCGACCAGUAUUCGAACCUCCAUCAGGGCAAAAAAGCCGGAAUCGCUCUAUUGAUGGAUUACAGGAAGUUUACCGCGGCUGAGCUACGUGCGAACCUUCUGGAGUUGCUGGAAAAUCCAAAGUAUUGGAACAACAUGAAAAAGGCAUCCAAAAUAUUCCGGGAUAGACCUCUGAGUGCCAUGGACACGGCCAUGUACUGGAUCGACUAUGUAAUUGAGCAUAAAGGGGCGCCCCAUUUGGUUUCCGUUGGUGUGGAGCUUCCUUGGUACCAGUUCUACCUCCUGGAUGUCAUAGGACUGGCUUUAGCCGUAGUGCUUCUUCCAAUUCUAUGUAUAUUUUUAAUUUGUCGAAAAUUCUCAAAGAAGACGAAAAAAACUUAUAAGAAAAAGGUCAAGAAGAAUUAG